GCUUCUCUUCUCCGAAGGUUAAGAAAACUAGCUAGCUAGCUUCUAUUUUCUGAUAGUCCUCCAACCUUUCCUCUUAGUUCUAUACAUCUCCUUCCUAUAAACUAGCAUGAGUUGAGCUGACUCGCCUGUUGUUGAUUUUUUUGUCUUAUGCUACUGAAGUACAUCAAGUAUAAUGCUGUGAGUCGCAGCUCAAAUGGCAGAAAAUCUGGGAAGGGUGGCCAACUUCAGCCUGUUAAACUCCACACUGAGCAGCGAGCUGGACCAGCAAAGGAACCAGGCUUUGUUCGAAAAGUUCAGGAGUAUGUUGCUGAAGAUCCUCCUAAACAUCUGCCAUUAAAUAAUGUGAGAACUCAGAAUCUAUCAAAGCUCUCUGUAAAGGAGCAAACAAAAACACAUAACUUCAAGCUUCAUACGGAAGAAAGAGCAGCAAGACGGGCUGGAUUUAACCAUUUGGUUGCUAGCAAGAUUAGCACAAUGGAGAUUCUGAGGCGGUUUGAGGAGAAAAUUCAGAAGGUUAUAGAAGAGGAGGAAAUAAAGAUUAUGAGGAAAGAUAUGGUACCCAAAGCUCAGUUGAUGCCCAUAUUUGACAGGCCAUUCCUUCCACAAAGGUCAACAAGGCCACUAACAGUUCCAAAAGAGCCAAAUUUUCGUUUCCUUGGUAAAAAUUACGGGUCUGCGCAGGAUUCCUACACUGUUUAUCAGUAUUUCAGCCAAAAUGUGAAGGCCAUCAGAUGAUUGAUCUUCUUUUGAAAUUAGGAUUUCAUUUAGGUUUGGUUUGAGAUAACUUUCUUAUUGCUUUCUAAAGAAGCUUUUUCAUAUAAAAUUUUUUUUAAAUUGAAAUUUUUGUACUAAAAAGUUGAUUUAGAAAGCAAUAGGAAAGAUGUCCCAAACGAAAACUUAGAUUCUUAAGUUGUGCUUCAUAUUUUUCCUUGACAUUUGGGUUUGUGCAUUCAUUUUAAUACUUUUUUUUAAAAUAUUUUUGGAGUGAGUAGUGAGGAGUAAGGGCACCAAGAUUUCACGUUUGGGCUAUGAAGCUGGUGCUCGUCUUACAACAGAAGGUUUCUUGAUCUGUAUGUAAUAAGUGUUUAUUUGCUUAUCUAAUCAUGAUUUUUUUUUA